AUGCGUGACUCACGGCACGUGGGCGGGAGCUCCAACUUUACCACAGCAGAAAGAGCAAUUUCCAAAGUGAGAGAGAAGGCAGCAGGAGUUUGGAGCGCGGUGCCGUGGACGAAACAAGUGCACUUCCACAAACGAGGCCACUCCACUGCGCAGUCCUCACCCUCCAGCACAACAACAACACCCAGUUCUAGUAUCUUCUAUCCGCGAGCCAUGGAGCUGUCAUCCAUAGGAGACCAAGUGUUCGCAGUCGAGUCCAUCACUAAGAAGAGAAUCCGAAAGGGGAAUGUGGAGUAUCUUUUGAAAUGGCAGGGCUGGCCCCAAAAGUACAGUACAUGGGAGCCAGAAGACAAUAUUCUGGACCCUCGUCUGGUCAUGGCCUAUGAAGAGAGUCAGGAGAGGAGCCGAGCUCUGGCUUAUCGCAAAAAAGGUCUAAGACCAAGGAGGCUCUUGCUACGGAACAUCUUUGCCAUGGACCUUCGCAGCGCCAACAAGAUCUCAAAGAAAGUACCUCGUCUGCGGCUGUCGCUGACCCGCUCCUCCAGCACUGAUGUGGACCAUCGUCUGCUGCGGAGGAGGCGGCUCAGGGUGAACCGCUGCAGGGCUGAGCGGCCUCAUAAACGGAUCCAGAGCAGGACUCCGCAGGAGCUUGAAGCUGAUUGGGAGGGCACAAGUGAGGAUGAUAAGCAUGAAUCUGAGAGCACUGCUGACCCAUGUGGAGACAGUGUCUACGGCCUGUCCGAGUGCAGCUCUCCUCCACAUCUUCAACGACACGACAUGGAAAUACAUCCAGUGGACUGCACACCAGGAGCACUCUCCUGGGACACAGUGAAGACCAACACACGGAUGAACAUGGCAGAAACAACCCACCCCCCCACCUUAGAGCGCAAUCAAUCUGAAGACAUUUCACAUACAGGUACAGCUGAGGUUAUUGGGGGAGCGGCGAUGUUGUACUCUGCCACCAUGAAGGAGGUAGUGGAGCAGGUGGCAGAGCGUCCCAGAUUCCAAAACUACUACUCUGAGGUGAGCGACACUGACUCGGUCAUAGUGAGGAGGAAACCUGGCCACGCAGCUUCUGCGCACUCGGAGGACAAGGAGACGAGUGACAAUCAGGACGUUACAACUGAGCAUUCCAUCACUGGAAGCCAACAACAGCCCAGAGAGGUGAUAGUGACUGAAGUUACCGUCAACUCUCUGACUGUCACAUUCGAGGAAGCGCCAACGGCUGAGGGCUUCUUUAAGUGCUGCUGA